GGGUGUGAUAAGACAACAGGCGCGCCUUGUGCGAUGUAGGGAACCUAACCGCAAGCGGGAAUUCACAAGCCCUCACUUUUACAAGCGAAAAACGGAUAUGAAACAAGCUAGGCAUUUUGAUGGAAUAAGCCAAGAAUAUUUCCGAAAUCUAUUUCGACCGGAAAAGGGUUUCACCGCUGAUUUGGUAGAAAUUUGACUCGGAUUCCGGGUUGAAAUCAAAAGUUCUCAAUGGUCUGAUUAGACACAGCCACAGCCACAGCGCUAAUCGCUGAAGGAUCAUUCAUCGAAAGCAGGAAGUCAUCAUUUCAAAUUUAGUUGUUUUUUACUGGUAACGAGUCCUGGUCUAUUCAAUACUCAAUAACUGGGGUCCAAGGAGAUCAUUCUCUUCUCCAAACGCAGCAUCAGCAAAAUCCAAUAUCAUACUAAUUCACGCGAAAAAUCAUGGAGUUCCUCUGCUCUCUACUACCUAUCGCCAUUUCAUCCGUCUUCUCGAUGAGAUCGGCAAGCCUGAUGAUGGUACCAACAGGCUAUGUCUCAUUUUUCGGCCUCACCUGGCUACCAUGGCAUGACGAUCUGCCCUUCAGGGUCCUUUCUGAUGCCAUUAUUGUCGCCAUAAUCAACGCGAUUCUAUCACUUCUCGCACCUCGCUUUCCUCGACUGCUUGCAGCUUAUAAGGACAGUGGGGGAUCACCGAAACUCCCAUUGGGUUUCCAUAAGCUGCACCCCAACAGCCGGAUCCCAGCAAUUGCCUUCAUCACAGUUGCGGUCGCCGGAUGGCUGGUUACUGCCUACGGAUUGAGUCUACCUUACAAAUUUGUGUCGAGCCUGGCUCUAAUAUCAAUGAUUGCGGGUAUUGUGCUCUACUAUGCAGUCCAGUUGGUAAAGGUUUUCUGGAUAUAUGUCAGCCAUUAUCCAGAAAUGCCUCCCCUUGGAUUGGUGACUGGAAUGUUCUGGCCGCCAAUGCAUCCUUUUCAUCGGUUUCUGGUGCGAGCUUCGCAUCGUGUUGCGCGAUGGUUGGAAGGAUCUCCUUCUCAACCGGUCGUCACAGAUGAGCACAAACACAACCCAGUUGAAGAAUGAAGAAUGGUACAUCUGCUAGUAGAAUUCUUAUUAAUAAUUGGUUAUUUCAGUAUUGGCAACCCCUAUCGUUUCCGAUAUAGAUUAGAGCAUUUCUCUCUGUCAUGAGAAACUAUGAUCUGUAAGCGCUAGUAACAAGAGGCUGGGAGAAGC